GAAGUGUGGCCGGGCUGAAGGAGGAGGCGGAAGCCGGAAGCCGGCUCCGCGUGGGCAGAGCAGGCAGCAUGUCGGCUUCCUUGCUGAGGAAGGGGCUGGAGCUGCUGGAGACGGCGGCGGGACGCCAGCCCGGGCUCAGCAGCCCCCAGCAGCGGCCGCGCAAACCCCUGAAGAGGAAGAAGGCGGCUCGGGGUCCUGGCAGGGACAAGACCACGGUCAAGGGCAAAGUCACCAAGUCGGCGAUAGAGGAGUAUCAGAAGCACCAGGCUGUGGAUCACUUGACGAAGAACUUGCAGUAUAUGAAGAAGGGCCGAUUCGCUGCAGACAAAACCAUCAUGCAGCAGGUUCUUGACCAGAAUAGGGGCAGGAAAUCUAGAGACCGUCCCCCAGAGAAGCCGAAGAAGAAAUCUGAAGGCACUGUCUUCACGGAGGAAGAUUUUCGGAAGUUUGAGAAAGAAUACUUUGGGCGAGCUGGAGCAGUGUGAUGAGAAGUCUUGCAGCUCUGAGCUUUCCAAAACUGAGUGUUCAGAGCAUGGGACUGACCCUGUCCUCCUGUUUGGGAUGGGAGACCAGGGGAGUGCGAUUUCGCCUCUUGCCAGCAUAUGUUUAGAUGU